AUGCGGGCAACACCAUCACUCAUGGGCAAGGGCUUCUGGGCUCGGAGUUUGGAUCAUUUCAAGCGAAGCGCGACCAUUGCUUUCAAAGCAGAAGGCAUAAAAGGCGCGCAAGGCCCUUACAUACUCCAAGACUUCCGCGCACCCAACUCGACCGAAGACUGCAAACUCCUCUCCGACCGCGAGAUCGGCGGCUUCUCCGAGGUCGCCCUCGACUGGGUCCCCUCAACAUCAACCUCCCCGACACAGCCCUCCGAAAGCAUACCACCAACAAGGACCGGCUACGCCCGCUUCCACGGCACGAUAUCCACCGCCCUACCGAAAGACGACCCCAAGAUCCAGCGCACAGGCUUCGCGGCAUGGCGCACGCCCAACCAGCAGCCCACGGUGUUCGGCAAGUCAUUAUGGGACAUUGACCCCUACGUAUACCUCGCGAUGCGCGUCAAGUCGGACGGGCGCAGCUACUUCAUCAACCUGCAGACGGACUCGGUCGUACCGACGGAUCUGCACCAGCACAGGCUGUUCGCGAAGCGGCCGGGCGAGUGGGAGACGGUGUUUGUCAAGUGGAACGACUUUGUGCGGACGAACCACGGGUUCGUGGUGGAGCCGCAGACGGAGAUGCUGAGGUCUAAGGUCACGACUGUGGGCGUUGGACUCACGGAUCGGAGGCCGGGGCCGUUUGAGCUCUGCAUCGAGAGGAUAUGGGCUACGAACGAUGUCGAGGAGGCGGAGGCGGCAGAGGCGGAAGCCGAUGCGGCUGCUACGGAGAAGGCCAGGCAAGCGAGAGAAAGCGAGUUGAGGAAUAAGCAGGGGCAGAGUAUCCGGUGGUCAAUUAGGUGA